UCUCAGUUCUCACUCGUCGGUCGGAAGGAAGGACACACACCUGCUCCCCCCAAGGGAAACCCACACCUUUCUCCUCUCCCUCCGCCCGCCGCCGCCGCCGCCGCCGGGCGCCAUGUCGACGGGCGACAUCGCCGGCCUCGAGCACAUCAUGGACUGCUGCCUCCCGGCCUCCCCGGUCUCCCCCGCCGCCCUCCUCUCCGCUGCCACCUCCUCCUCCGACGGCGAGGACCGCAUCAGCGCGCUCCCCGACACCCUCCUGCGCAACGUCGUCUCCCGCCUCCCGGUCAAGGACGCCGCGCGCACCGGCGCGCUCUCGCGCCGCUGGCGCGGGCUCUGGCGCGCCACCCCGCUCGCCCUCGACGAUGCCCACCUCCUCCCGUCCCCCGGCCCCGCCGCCGCGUUGGUGUCCCGCGUCCUCGCCUCCCACCCGGGCCCCUUCCGCGCCGUCCGCAUCGCCGAGAUCCCCAUCGACGAGUCCAACAAGGAGGCGCUCCUCCCGGAGUGGCUCCGCCACCUCGCCGACAAGGGCGUGGAGAACCUCACCCUCGUCAACCGCCCCUACUCCUUCGACGAGCCCGUGCAGCUGCCUGCAACCCUCCUCCGCUGCGGGGCGUCGCUCCGCCGCCUCUACCUCGGCGUCUGGCUCUUCCCCUUCACCACCGGCCUCCCGCGCGGCCCCGAUGUCUUCCCCCACCUCCAGGAGCUCGGCCUCUGCCACGGCAAAACGGAGGAGAGCGACCUCGACUACGUGCUCGCCUGCAGCCCCAAGCUGGAGACCCUGGCGCUCAUCUCCAACUACUUCUACCCCGACCGCGUCCGCAUCGGCAGCCGCAGCCUCCGUUGCUUGCUGCUCUGGCAUUCCUUGGCGGACGAGGUCGCCGUCGUGGCCGCCCCAAACCUGCAGCGCCUCAUUAUCUACUGUACGCACCCCACUGAGGAUGACAGGGUCAUCAAGGUCAAGAUAGGCCAUGCUCCCAAGCUCGCCGUGCUCGGCUACUUGGACACGGCCACCCACGAGCUUGAGAUCGGCAACACCAUCAUCAAGGCUGGGGUGACAAAAGUUUGCCCAACCCCAAAUACAGUGGUUCCAAGUGUGAAGGUGUUAGCUCUGAAGGUCCGUUUCAGAGUGCCCAAAGAAAUCAGAACUUUGCUGUGUUUCUUGAGAUGCUUCCCUGGAGUAGAGACCUUACACAUCAUGGCUUCUGACAAUGACACCGACCACUACGAUGACCCGGGUGAAUUCAAGCCAAGCGACCAGCUCAAGUCCACAUUCUGGCAGGCGGUCGGUCCGAUCAAAUGCGUCAAGUCGCGCGUUCAGAAGCUGGUGUUCGACCAGUUCAACGGGGGCACAAACCAGGUUGAGUUCCUGAAGCUGGUUCUUGGGAGAGCUGUGUUGCUGCAGAAGGUGAUUGUCCUGCUGGCCGGCCUGGAUUCUAUCUCCACUCGCGGGGCCACGAGCAAGCUGCAGCCGUUUGCUUCCAAGAAAAUGUGGGCAAGCAAGGUCUGGGGCGGAACUUCCUUGGUGGUCCAUGAGCGUCCGGCAGGUCAAGUUUGGAGGACUUGUGCUGGACUGGUGAUGCCUACGACGACUACUGAUGAGGACAUGGCACCCUUGCCUCUAUCAACUACGGCGGCAGACUGAGGUGGCGACUGGCGACCCGAGGUGAAGCAGUUGGCUGAUUUGUUUUUUGAUUUUGAUUGAUGACGAAUUGACGAGGAGGAAGGCAUAGGGACGAGUCGUACGGUCGACCGGCGCUCCCUGUCCUAAAGGCGAGUGCCCAAAUAUUGCUCCGCGACGCGAUCCAAGCAAAGCUCAGGAAACCUCAAUUGCCUCCGAAUCUCUGAUGAGCUUUCAAUCCAGUUUCGCCCCCAUGGAAAAUAUCAUUAGUAAUUUUGUAUAUAAGAAUGUUAGAAGAAAAAUUAAGGUAAUAUAUGUAUAUAAUAUUUGAUAUGCAUAAUGAUUUUGGAGGCACAUAUUUUUUUGGCCUAAAAAAA